AUGGACUACGCCAUGGAGGACACGCAGAACGCAGCACCAGGCAGUGUGCAAGCCGCGAAGCUCGCCGGCACGCGCAAGGGCCCCGAUGCGCAGAGCGUCACCAAGAGAUUACAAACGGAGCUGAUGCAACUGAUGACCUCCCCGGCCCCCGGCGUCUCGGCCUUCCCAUCGGCGGACGGCAACCUGAUGUCGUGGGCGGCGACGAUCGAGGGACCCGACGACACGCCGUACGCGGGGCUGAACUUCAAGCUGGGGUUCGCGUUCCCGUCCAACUACCCCUACGCCCCGCCGACCGUCACGUUCAAGACGCCCAUCUACCAUCCCAACUUCGACUUUUCCGGACGAAUCUGCCUGGACAUCCUGAAGGACAAGUGGACGGCUGCGUACAACAUCCAGACGGUAUUGUUGAGUUUGCAGAGUCUGCUUGGAGAGCCCAACAACUCAUCCCCCUUAAACGGCGAGGCAGCCGAGCUCUGGGACAAGGACCCCGAGGAGUUCAAGCGGAAGGUCCUGGGCCGACACCGAGAUGUAGAUGAUGACUGA